AUGGCUGGCAUUGGGUUCAUCUGGGUCAUUUGCGGCAACACGUGGUACAGGUGGCCACAAUCGUCUAGAAGCAAAACGAAUGCAGCUGGUGUAAGCGUCGUCGUGGUCGAGGCAGCCCCGGACCUUUUUCCUGGUUCUGCGAGCGCACGCUUCUCGGUUGAUUUGGUCGAGAAGUACCCAGAUCUUGCGGCCUUGCUCAGUCUACCGGAAUUUCGGCCGCAAACCAAUGUACGGCCUGAUGACUUGCACCAGUAUCUCCUGGCGUAUGUGGAACAUUUCAAAUUGCGACAGCACACCAUAUUCUCAUGCAAAUUGGAACAUGCACAGCCGCGGCCGGGUGGGGGGGUUGGCGAGGACGGGCGGUGGUGUAUCGUGUGCUCCGACCUUCUUGACCCGCAGCGCCUGCACCGCCUCACCUCGGACUACCUGAUCAUAUCUGCGGGGGCGUGUCUGGAGCCCUCCAUUCCACAACUGCCGCAGGGCUCCGCUGACUUUGCGGGUGUACAGUACCAUGCGCGGGAGCUGAAAGGCCGGGAGCUGCGUGAAGUGGCGCCGCUGGUUUCGGGGCAACACGUGGUAGUGGCGGGAGAUGACCGUACGGCAGUGGAGUGCGCACGGGGGGCGGCGGAUGCGGGCGCGGCGAGCGUUACACUUGUGUUCCGACAGCCCCACUGGCCCUUACCCGCCAAGCUCCUGGGGAGAGCGCUGCCGCACCUGGCGUACGACCGCUGCCUGCCGUCACUGCUCUUCCCGCCGUACUAUACGGCCGGUGGACCGAUGCGCGCCCUCAACUCCGCUUUGGCGCCGUUGCGGCGGUUGUUCUGGUGGCGGUUACAACGGCGACUUGUACGGAAGUACGGCGUGGACGAGUUGACGCGGCCGCCGGUUAACGUUAUGCGGGAUAUGUUUUACAGCCUGCAGGCUUGCCCGGGGGAAGACAACUGGGUGGGUGUACUGCAAGGAACUUCCGUACGACUUGUACGAGGUGACAUCAGCCGGUUGGGAACCGAUUGCGUCGUACUCAAGAAUAAUUCCAGUCUACGUGCCACGGUGGUCGUACACUGUACGCCGUACACUCGUAACUACGUGGUCUUUGACCCCGAACUGCAGGCCACAUUGGGUGUACGGAAGGACGGCUUACAUCUGUACCGCAGUUUGGUUCCCCCUGCCGUACCUUCCCUGGCCUUCCUGGGCUGUCAAACCACCUCGCCGUAUAGCUGGCUAACCACCAGCCUUCAAGCGGCCUGGGUGGCUCAGCUGUUUAGCGGGCGGAUGAGGCUGCCCCCCCUGGAGGUCAUGAAGCGGGACGUGUACAGGCAGAGGAGGUGGCGGCGGCGUGCCUUCCCUCCCCAGCACAACCGCGGCAGCCUGGUCCACUGGUACGCCCAGUCGUACCACGACCAGCUGCUGCAGGACAUGGGGCUGCCCGUGGAGGUCAAGGAUCGCGGCGGCUGUGCACCGCUGUUCAGCUCAUGCGCGCCGUACACUCCGGCUGACUACCGGCCACUCUUUCAGGCUGAUGGCGGCGGCGCGUCGUUGUCAUCGUCGCCGUACAAGCGCCGAAAGACCCGCGAAUCGGUUUCCGAUGACGUUGAAGCCGUCGAACUGACUUUGCGGGGUGACGGCGCCAGCAUGAUGAGCAAUGCUGCCGCUGCUGCUGCGGCGGCGGCGGCGGCAAAUAGGACGGCCCCAUCGACGGUGACGGGAGUUUCGCCGUCGCCGUCCCGACGGGCGCUGCUGGACCGCCGGCUCAGCAUGGACCGACGACGAAGCAUUGAGGCGCCGCGGCGGGUCAGCAUGGAAGCGGCUAGCCGCGCCGCGCUGGCGCAGGUGUCCGUUACGAGCAACGCGUCGCGACUGCAGCUACUGCUGAACAGUCGAACGUCGAACGCACCCGGCGUCGAGGUGUCGGAAGUCGAAGCGGAGCCGCAGCUGGAAAUCUUCACAUCUGCUCAUUUGCUGAUGGGUUCGGCGGCGGCGGGGGUCUCGGCAGCUGCAGCGGCAGCUGCAGCUGGGGUCGGCGGCGGUGGCGGCGGCGGCGGCGGCAGCUCCGCGCCCGUGUCGCUCUUCGGUGCUAGCGCCCUCGUCCCGCCGGCGGGUACGUCAUCCAGGCGCGGUAGCAGUCUCGGCUGCAGCCGGUUGGGCAGCCAACGCGGCAGCACCAUGGGAAUGGCAGUGGCGGCGGCCGCAGCCGCCAGCGCGGCCACUGGUACGGUCACUGGCCCGUAUGCCGUACUGCAGUACGGCGGCUCGAGCACUGGCCCGGAGGCGCAUCUAAACUCCCAUCCAGAAAUUGAAGUCGACGUGUUGGGGCCGGAGCCCCGUCAGUGCGGCGAUGAUGCCAUCGAGGCGGCGAUUGCCGCCUCCAAGUCGCCUGGCGGCAGUUCCGGCGCCGCUAACGUACUGGCACCAGAAGCCGGGACGGCGGCGGCAGGGGCGCGGCACACCGUUCCCUUUGUCAUGCCAUCGCCACAGUCGCUGCCGUCGUCGCCGCCGCCACCGGCGGCGGCGUCGACGGUGUCUCUGGGUAUCCGCGUCGGCGGAGAGGGGCCAGAUCCAGAUUACGUCCCCAUACCCGAACCAUGGGUCACUCCCGCCGCACCCUCCACAGCCAUUGCGGCGGCGUCCUCUGUCCCCGACGGCGGCGGCGACAUGUUCAUUUCACCGGGCAGCCUCAACCUCGGAUUGCCGUACAGCAGGUCGGCGCUGCCGAGCGGCGGCAGCGGCUCCGCUGCCACCGUGAUCCUGAACUCCGCCGUACAGCGGCUGACCCACGGGUCGCCUGCGCGGAGCGGCUCCGCCGGCCAGUGGUCCUCCGGGCCGAAUGCUGGCCGCGCGGCGGCCUUUGCUAGCAAUGGCGGCAGUGCUGGCGGCGGCGGCGGCGGAUCUAACGCGCAACAACCUGGCGUGUUGGACUCAGCCUAUGGCGGGCAGGUCUCCUCAAGCGGCGGCGUACGGACGACACAACGCGACAUUGGGUCGCUUCUGCCGCCGGCGAUGCUGUCGGGCUACGAGGUUCUCCCCGUCGGGGAUUCGUACGUACUUCGGCCGGCGCUGGCGGCCGGAAUGAAGCAACCCAGCGGCGAAACCGCCGGAAAGGGGCUUGCCGCCACCGUGGCGGCGGCAGCGGAGACUGCUGCACGGGCGCAUGCAAGGCCGUACAUUGACAUGUACGAGAGCUUUCCCGCCGCUGGCGGCGUGAUGCCCCCUCAUCGAUCCUCCUUUGGGGAUCAGUUCAGCGCUGGUGAUGGCGGCGGCGGCGGCGGUGGCGGGGCCAUGGCUGGUGCUGCCGCCGGCAGCAGCACCGCCACCGCCGCCGGCAUUGUCAGCGCAACGAUUCCCGGCGUGGCCGGCGGCGGCGGCGGUGGUGGUCUGCUCGUUACCUCGCAGCCUCGCGGCAAUCUUAGUGCGCUGCUGGCGGCCUCGAGGGGUGGCGCCAUUGCGCGCAGCUCUGUCAACGGUGUACGAGGAGUUGCCGCCGCGGGGCCGCCACGCUCGUCGCAGCUUCGGUCUGCUGCGGGAUUUGGUGGCGAUGGCGGUGGCGGCAUCUUGCUGAGCAGCAUGCAGGACAUUGACGUGCUGGAAUCGCCGAGACUGCGUUCCCGGGCGCUUCACCCCAACGCACAGAUGUACGGCAGCAACUCGUUGAUGUUUUACAUAAAUGAACGCGGAUCCCCACCUGGCGGCGGUGGCCUUGGCGGUGGCGGCGGCGGCGGCGGCGGCGCUGCUCUGCGUAUGGGCAUCACCGGUGCUGGCGGCGGCAGCGGGCCUAUCCAGCUUACCAGUCCGCCGCCGCCGCUUUCUGCCGCCGCCGCUGCUGGCGUGGCGAGCGGUAGCUUACGGUCUGGCGCACAGCGUGCGAAGCGACGGGGCUCUACGGUUGCAUUCAGCAACGUGCUCGGGAACGACGACUUCGUACAGUUGCUGCUAGAGGCGGGUAACAACGACGGGCGGCCGGAGGGGGUCAUUGAUGUACGACAGGGUUCAGGCUUGGGAGGUCGUUCUGGGGAUUUCCCGCCGGCUGCGAUGCCGGCGGGGGAGGAGGGCACAGGCCGCGGUGGUGGCGGCGGCAGCAGCGGCAGCGGCAUCCGUACCGCGACGGGUAUGGCCGCGGGGCCGGUGGCGGCGCUGACGCGCCGGCAUGCCAGCGUCCAGUCUUUGCUUCUGGUUGAGCGCGGCGGUGGCAGCCCCGGUGCCACAUCCAGCAGCGGCGUCAGCGGUGCUGCACAGUUGGCCAGCGUCGUACUGCCUGUGAGCGCCAAGGGCCCCCGCGCUGGCCGAGGUGCUCCCCUGGGGCUGGCAGCGGUAUCUGGGUCGGCGGCCGGCAGGGCCCCGCACCCGACUGCCACAGCGUCGGCGGCUGGCGGCGGCGGCGGCGGCGGCAGCGGCAGCGGCCUCAUCUUCCCCGCCGUUGCCGCCGCUGCGCGCCUCGCUCGAAUGGGCUCCCGCGGCCCUGGCGGCUUCGCCACGGCAAGUGGUUUCAUCUCUUCCGGCCAGAUGCGCGAACUUGACGGCGCCGUGUAUUGGGGUGGCCGUGACGGCCGCGGCGGCGGCGCCGCCAGCGGCUCUUGGCGUCGUGCUGACUUUGUACGGCAGUUGACGCAUCAGCAUGCGUCUUCGUCGGGGAUGCUGCCUGAGACGGUUCGGCCGCAUCAGGCGCGCAGCGCCACCCUUGACGCGAUUGUGGAUCAGUUGCGUCUUCAUCAGCACAGCCCCAAGCAGCAUUCGCGACGGGAGCCGCUGUCGCCAUCUCCCGCCGCGAAGUCUGUGGCAUCGCCUGUGACAAGAAGUGCGGCGGCAUAUACGGCAGGGUUGAAGCCUGACGAGGCGCCGCAGCCGCAGCAGCAUUUGACCAAAGCUGCUCCCGCGGCCAGUGCGACGGCAACGGCGGCGGCGGUGGCGGCACAGCCACGCCGCCUGACGUCAGCACCCAGCCAGGAAUACGGCCGGUCCCUUAGCAAGAUGGCGCUCGUACGUGGAUGGAAUUUCCUGAAGACCGCCUUGGGGUUGAAGCGCAGCCGGGCCUCUGGCAGCGGCGGCGCUCGUCGUCCCAUGAGCGGUAGCGCUGCCGCCACCGAAAUCACCGGCGGCGCUGCCGCCACCGCAGCCGCGGCCGCCACGGGGCAAGACGUCCUUGACCUCAAGAGCCGCGACGCGAGGGCGGCGUUGAUGUACGACACACCGCCAUCUCCGUACCGCGCGGCGUCAAUUUCACGCCUCUCACGCCAGUCCAGCCGCGGCGCUGCAGCUCUGAAUCCGUCGGUAUCAUCUUCCGCGUCUGCUGCCGCCGCAACGCCGGCGGCGGCGUUCCACUCGUACGACAUGCCGGUAGCGAUGGCGCUGGGCCGUUCCCGCAGCUACUGCCUCCCCCACGACGUUCAGCGCGGCGUCGGCGGCGUUGGCGGCGUUGGCGGCCUUGCCGCCAUUGCCGGCGGCGGCGGCGGGGAAGUGCUGUAUGGCAGUGGGCUGCCAGCGGAAGCUGCACGGCGCGGCGGCGGUUCGUUCACCGCUGGAUCCAGAUCCCCCGUGUCGUCGCAAGUACACCACCACCAGGGGAGUGCCGCGUUGAGAGGCUCCUCCCGGGAUUCUCGUGGCACUGCAUCGCCCUGGGCGGGGGUUGGGGCGGGUUGGGGAGCCGCCAUGGCGUCCUCAUCCAUACGGCGCAAAAGCACUUUGGGCCUGGGUGCAUUGACACGGCUGAAUAGCACAGGUGCGGGAACUGGCGGCGGCGGCGGCGGCGGCGGCGGCUUCGGCUUAAGCAGCAUGAUCGGGACGGGGUCCGUCAGCCGCGGCGACGGGGCCGAUACCUCCGCCAUGGAGUACGACUCCUUCCGUACAGGGCUCGGCAGCCCAAGGCUGACUUCACAAGACGUCGUGACGCCCGUUGCGCUUCCGCUGCCGCCGCCGCCGCCGGCGUCAGUGGGCGGCGACGGAGUCGGCGGCGGCGGCGGCGGCAGCGGCUCCACUGGUACGAACGCACUUGCCGUAAGUGGCGCUUUCGGCAGUAGCAAGAACCCACCGCACGGCGGUUGGGACACUGCUAGCCGUCCCUCGCUUCGGCGGCUGCCGUUCCGUCAAUCGUCCAGCGUCGCCCUUGCCGUGGACGCAGCAGCUGCCGUACUGGCUGCGGGUGUUGUUUCUCCCUCCCCCUCCAUACCGUUGUUGCCUGGCCGGGGCACGGGCCUCGGUAUCGUUCCUCCCUCGCCCCCAAGCCACGCCGCCGCCGGCGGCUCGGCGGCGGUGCUGAUGCCGCCUAGCCCCUCGGGACGCGCCACACCUACCCCGCAGCCCCUUGUGCACUGUUUAGACGAACGGACAAUGUACGGCGGAUUCAGCUGCCAGGCCCUUAUCCGCCAAGAGAGCGUGCGUGGCGCAUCCGCAGCUGUGGCCGGGAUGAGCGGUGGUGGCCCCGGCGGCGGCGGCGGCGGCGGCGUCAUCACCGCUGGGGCAUCGAUUGUCUUGCCGUCGGACGGAGAGGGCGCGUUCAUGCUGUCUGACGGCCUCGACCAUUCGGGGACGGGGGCGGCGGCCGCGCCGCCGCUGCCGGUGCUGCUGCCGCCCCCUCAGCGGGUCGCCUCAGAGCUGCCGGCGUCAAUGCAAUAUGCUGGUGUGGUCGUGCCGUCAUUAGAGCCCAGCGGCAGCGCCGCCGCCAUCGCCGGUGUUGGUAUCGUACACCGCCGGCAAUAUGCUGGCGGCUCGUCCAUGGGUGCACGGAGGUCGGGAACCGGCAUGGGGGCGGCGGGCCCAUCGCAUGUCGCGUCGUCAGCCACGGGUUACUUCUCCUCGGAGAGUUUCGGAGCCCCUCCCACCGCCGUCAGCGCGAGCCCCACGCACAGCGUCGCAGGCCGUGCACCGGGGGGCGGCGGCGGCGGCCAGACCGCCCCCGUCGGACGCCGCGGCCGCGUGUCCCGCCGUGACAGCAUCAUUGGAAACCUACUCGCGGAGAUGGCAGGGGUUCCCGGCGGGGAUGGGCUGGUUUCGGAGCUGCCAGCUGCCGCUUGCGGCAGCAGCGGCGGCGGCACCGCCGCCGGCGCCAGCCAGAUACGGCAGAGCACCAGCCUGAUCGGGCCCGCUCCGGCUGCCGGCUAUGACCCGCACGCACCUGAGGGUGUGAUUGCUUGGGAACGGCCACGCGGCUGGGAGGGGGCCGGCGGGUUGCUGGACGGCGGCGGUAAUGCCGCCGUGGGCGGCGGUGGCGGCAGUGGCGGCGAGAGCGAGGAGCAGCAGCGGUCGCUGCGGGGGGCCGUCAGCGAGCUGCGGGAGAACUCCUCCAGCCGGGCAUCGCGGCAGUUGGCGGCGGCGGCGGCGGCCGUACUGCCGUCAGUGAUGCUGGGCCACGUCACAGUGACGGCGGGGACGCAGCCGCCAGCGGCACCGUCACCAGUUAUGUACAGCGGCGGCAAUGCGCUCUCCAACGUGCCGCCCCACGCUGUAGUCGGCCCCUCCUGGCGGGCGGUUGGGGGGUCCCGCGCCGGCGGCUGA